GACCCCUACCCAUUCAUCGACAAGUUAAAGUUGUUUAUAACUUGCCAACACUACUUUUGUACACACGCUAUUGAGUGCACGCAUUGAGUACCCGCGCGGGAAAACGCUAACACCGGCCAUCGUAAAUAAAUAAAUAAAUCGAAGUUAAAAAACUUUAUUUUCUUAAUAAAUAAAUAAAACUAAGCAAAAUGCUUAGGCCUUAGUUAAGUGUGAACUUUGUGACUGUGUAUUGUGGAUUGAACUUUGGUGAAAAUGUCCAAAACGGUGUUGGCCCGUCAUUGUCUAAUCUCCCGUCCAUCUCGACGGCAGCUGUCAACCUCAACAGUCCGGCAAACAUCUACCUCGCCUCAGAGACGCAAUGUGGCAGCACCAGCUCUCAACACCAGCUACAAAAAGUUCACCGACAUACCUGGCCCCAUCGCCUUGCCGAUGAUGAGGCACCAUGCACAUGUCUUGCCGAGGAUAGGAUCAUUUCACCACACAGUAGGCCUGGGUCUGCUGGAAGGGCUACGUGACCGAUACGGAGACCUGGUGCGCCUCGCUAAGGCUUCCAGGUCACGCCCAGCGCUGUAUGUCUUCGAUCCUGAACUUAUGAAAGAGGUGUAUGACAGCAACGUCACCGAGUCUCCGCAGUGGGUGCGAUCACCCUUAGCUGAGCAAAGGCAGAACACAGGCUCGCAAUGUCCUAUGCAUAACGAUGAGAUCAAGGCCAUUUGGCCAGCGAUGAGGGCUCUGCUGCAAGAUGGCGCACUACUCAGCAAUUAUGGUCAAGUCUUUGAUGAUAUUGCGUCUGACGUUACGCGGAGGCUUGCCGAUCUCCGUCAUGCAGAAAAUGCUCUGAACGAAGAAGUGGAGACAGAGGUAUACAGGUGGGCGAUAGAAACGAUCGGUGUCAUGAUGUUCGGCAUUCGACUGGGCUGUCUGGAUGGGGCCGUGCAUGUUCCCACUGAAGAUAAUAGGAAACCAGAAAAAACCUCAAUGGACGACGACAUCCAAGACCGGUGCUCUCUCUCAAAACGACCUCUGGAUGGUAUGACUCCAGCCGAAAAAUUCGUUCGAUGCUCAUUAGAAAUAUCCAACGAAUCCUAUCUAGUCCGAAGUGAGAACACCCUGAAACCCGAAUCACAAUCAUUCAAUGAUGCUUUGAAAGCUUUUGAUAAGCAUUUUAGCUUAACCGAUCAAUUCCUUAUGAAAGCUCUAAACGAGCUAAACAACGAUCAGUUGCGGCCAGAACAAAUCUUGUUGGACAAACUCAGGCCCUUGGAGAGGCGGAUACUACCUUUGGCUGCUGACGUUUUUCUGGCUGGAGUUGACCCUCUUGCACAGACAGCCAUCAGCAUGUUCUACCAACUAUCACUAAACGCGGCGAGGCAGCAGAAAGCUCACGAUGAAGUGAUCUGGGCAAAGGCGUCCAGAGAAGAAGGGAUAGAUGUUCAGGAACUGCCCUAUAUCUCAGCAUGCGCUAGAGAGACGCUGCGACUCGUUCCAGCCACUGGAGGAGUUGUGAGGAGGAGUAAGAAGGACUUAGUGGUUGGUGGAUAUGAAGUUCCAGCUGGGGUCGACAUAAUCCUAGCGCAUGGCGUCUCAAGCAAAGUGGAAAAAGAAUGGGGACGCGCUAAAUCCUUCAUACCAGAUCGUUGGUGCAACGAGAGUUGGGGACCCUUAAAUGCUGCAAGAGCUCAUCCUACUUCAUCCAUGCCCUUCGGGCAAAAUUGCCCGGCAACUGGCGUUGUUGGCAAAAUGCUCUCAAGUCUGGCAACUAGGGUUUUAGAUAAGUAUAGGUUAGAGUGGCAUGGGCCUGCGCCUAAUAUGGUCACGAAUGGGGUUAAUAAAAUUCAAUCGCCUUACUAUUUCGUGCUGCAGAAUGCCGGGUAAUAUUAUUAUGGUUGGUUUAUGUUACAGUGUUUGUCGUAUUAUGUUAUCAUAUUUUCAACUCUAGGCCCUGACUCUCAGUGGCGUUGAAAUCGUAAAGCGCAAACACGUUUUGUGAUGUCAAAGACCACAUGAUUCAAGAACUGUGAAGUUUAACGUUAUAAAUUGUAGUAAUAUCUACAAUAGGCACCUGAGUCCUACAUUAUUUAGGUUCAGCUUCAAAAAAUUUCAGUAUGCAGGUUUUUUCAAGAGCUUCUUUUUAUUCUGCUAGGAUUCAAGAUGACGUUCAAUUUAAAUUAGUUGUUUGAUAUCAUUAAAAAAAAAUAGUAAUAAAAGAAUACUGAAAAACAGGUUUUGAAGGAAAUUAAUCUAAAGUAACGAGACGACACUGCAACAUGAAUUCGCCAUCAGUGAGAUUAGUGAUAAGUUUAGACUGUAGACACUAGAAAAUGACAAUAAUUACAUAAUUAUUAUAUUACAUUGUAGUUAAUGAAUCCUGCAUAACCGCAAACGCAAUCAUAAUAUGAUAUUAUUAUGAUCUCUGAAGGUUACAAUCAUAUUAUUAUAAAUUGGAAAUGUAUACCUACCCACACGGCAAAAUAUUUGUACACGAUAAAUAAAUAAUAUGAAAAUUAAAUCAAUGUAUUCGUACUCAUAUAAAUUAAUCCACGCGAUUAAAAAUUCUGAAGUUGGAUAUACUUAAUGCAUAAAUAUUUUAUUUGGGUGUUCGAGUAAAAUUGUAUGUUAUACGGUGUUAUAUUUUUAGGUACACGCUGCGGUAGAAAAAUAUCGCGCGAAAAUUCUGAAUGACGGUUGUAAUCUGCAGUGCGAGUUAAGCCUCUAGAUUAUAAAGUCAGCAGUGUCUUUAGAGAAAUCAGAGAUUUCGAAAUAUAUUUUUUCUUCCUUUACUUGUGCUUAUUCAUUUCAUAUUUUUUUCUUGACAAUUUGAUAACUAAAAGACAACCCUACAACUUCAAUAAGCACUUGGGUAUUAAACAUCUAAAGCAUGUUUUUAUUUCUAACUUUUUCUUGAAACGCCUUUUAUUUGAAUAUUAAAAAUAGUUACAAAAUAUACUUAUGUCGGUAUAAGAAUAUAAAUAAUCCUAGGUAAGUGCUUAUUAUAAUUAGUUUUUAAUAUCCUAGCGAUGCAUCCAAUGCAGUAUAUUAGGAAUGAAAACGUGACUUUCAUGUUUUGUUAUUAUAUAACAGUAAGAUAAAAUAUUAGCUUUUAUAUUAAUUAGCAUUCCAUUGUAUAAAAAUAAAAAU